GGGAUGUAUUUUCAAAGAGCCGGCAUGGCCCUUGCCGAAGAAUACGCGUCACAUUGGAAAAGAGACCUGGGGCAUCCUGAUGAUUCUGUUAUGUAUCAUCCAUCCAGCGGCAAACACACUGGGACAUUAAAUUCCCCCAAAGGCUGGUAUGAUGCAGGGGAUUAUAAUAAAUAUGUAGUUAAUGCCUCAUUUCCAUUAGGACAAUUCUUUUUGCUGGAGGAGCAAUACCCCAAUAGUGUUGCCGAUAGAGCCUUAAAUAUACCGGAAAGUGGUAAUGCCCUGAGCGAUUACCUGGAUGAACUGAAAUAUGAGAUGGAUUGGGUAUUGACCAUGCAGGAUGAUGAUGGAGGGAUGUUUCAUAAACUGACAACCAAAAAUUUUGAAGGGAUGGUGAUGCCUCAUGAAGCAACCAACCAACGAUAUAUUGUAGGUAAGGGAACCGCCGCCAGCCUGGAUUUUGCUGCAGCGGCAGCUCAGGCUUCCCGCAUUUUUGCGCCAUAUGAUUCAACUUACGCAGGGAUAUGUCUGCAGGCGGCAAAAAGGUCUUACAAUUGGUCUCUGGAUAAUCCACAGGUGGAAUUUGUUAACCCGGAAGAUAUUAGUACG